UACUGGACACUAUAAGUGUUUAAUUACCGGUAGUUUUUUCCGUUUGAGUUGAUUGAUAUAUGGUCAGUAUGAUCGAAUUUGACAUAAAGAACACUACAAAAGGUAAUAAAAAAAUUGAAUAUGACGGGUUUUCAUACAGGAAAGAUCGUCUUCUAGUCUCAGGCGACCUGUCUUGGAGAUGUAUAAACAAAUACUGUAAAGCUACCAUGGAAACAGAUAAGCAAAUAACAAGAAUUUUGAAGGUAGGAUCACAUCAUCACAGUCAUCCAUCGUCAAUUAUUCCCAGAUCUGAUGAUUUUUCUACCCCCAAUAGAGAUCAAAAUAUGCAUAACAUAUCCAAUAUUGAUAAUCGCUCAAAUUACUCUCACGGUUCUGCAGAUUCCAUUGAGUUACUUAAUAUGGAAGAUGGUGAGGAGAUUUCUGAGCUUUGGCGUGAAAAUGAUUCUUUGAGAGAGCAACUGACAUGCUCAAGAGUCGAGUGGCAGGCAGCAGUCGACCGCUCCAUCCAAAUGAUUUGCUGAUGAUGAGUAUGACUGAAAAAAAAUGUACGUCUCAUUC